AUGUUGUUCUCUCAAAGAAGCGCCUGCGACCGUUGCCGAGCACUUAAGAGUCGGUGCUCCAGAGAGUCUGGAGCUGCCAAAUGCGAAAGAUGCCAAAGACUCCAGAUCGAUUGUUUCUAUAGCCCGCCGCGAAGGAUGGGUCGGCCGGCAAAGAAGAGGCUGAAUCAGGAAAACACCAACGCGCCGACACAACCAUCCGGAUAUCGUCGGGCUUCGACAAUGUCGAACGUAACAGUCCAAUCAAGUCAUUCCGAAAUCCCAACACCUACUAACAACGAUGCGAACGACUUUCAAUAUGGCUUGGACAUCAUUCAGAGUCACCCUGCAGAGGACACCACUUGGACUGAGAACUUUGAAGAUCCACUGCUUGGGCUUUUACAUAACAAUGACCCGAAGAUGGUCUCAACUGAGUGGAUGGACCAAGACGCACUGAGGUUUCUGGAACACCAAGACGACGCAAUUCUUCCAGACUCCCAUGUUAUGCCCUUGACGCCACCAACAACGGUUGGCUCUCUCCCCAAUGGCUCGGACGAUACAUGGAUGCCAAGUUGCGAGCCACAAAACGAUUUCGGACACCCGGAAUCUUUCGCAUGUGAUACCCUUCCCUCUUCACCAGAACCCAAGUCGACCGAGCCUGCGACUCAGCGACUACUUGACCUGCAGUCACGGUUGUUUUCUCGCCACAUGACCAAGACACAAGACGUCGACGGCUUGUCGGCUGCCAUCAACACAGCCGUCCACUCAACCGAAACUCUGAUCGAAAUUGUGGAAAGUUUACCGCAACUGAGACCCAGUGUCGAGGGUAGGCGGUCUACUUCACCGCUAUCAUCGACAUGGGGCGCCGGAUCCGACCCUGCCGGCUUCAAUGUGCCUGCCACCAACUACACAGCAACAGAGUCGCAAUUACAGCAGAACCCAUACUGCGCGAUUACAAUUUCUCUCUUUAUUACAUGUUAUUUACUUCUUUUGGACUCGUAUGAUGAGCUUCUUUCUGCAUUGAGAGCACGUUUGCAAUGCUCCCGCCAAAGCCAGGGUCCAAGCCCGACCAGCGACAUGGGCUUGACACAGCCUUUCUUCAACAGCGCCCCCACGGGGAAUCUCAACAAAUUCAACCUCGUCAGCUCUUUUGACUUGGAUGUCAACUCGGUCGUUUUCCUUCUGUCUCGAAUGAUGAAGCGAUUGAACAAGUCCACGGAGAGCCGCUUUGUGGCUGUUUCAAUGGAGAACCCUACAAUCCAGAGUAUGAAGGUCCAAAACCAAGGUGGAUACACCGCCACGCAAGGGGCGGUCAGCUACGACUUCCAGGAUGCCGCAAGCCAAGACACUGAUGGCUUUUCGGAGCCGUCUCCGGGCGGAUCUUUCUCUCCGAUGAUUAUGAUGGGCAACUUCGCUCUGGCUGAAGUAAGCCAGAGACACCAAAGAGUGAUGGAGUCACUCCGGGUUAUUAGGUGGCUUGCAGAUGAAUUAUGA